UUGCUAAUUAUUUGCUAGAGCAGGAAAAAAAUUGUAAUUAAAAUUACGUUAAAAUUUAGUAUUUAUAAAAGAUAUAAGCUUUCUGUAUAGUAUUAUUACUAUCAAUUCAGUCUACAACAAUGGCUGGUCAAGACGAUAACAAAGUCAAUGGAGAUGCAUCAGUCUCUCAAUGUGAUGUAGACCCAACUGAAGAUGAUCAACAUUCUGAUACAAAUCUUCGCGAAGAAUAUGAUUUCCUGGAUUCUAAAUUAGACGAAUUGAAUUCAGUCCUUGAUGUGCUGGAGCAAAAGAAUGAUGCCAUUCAUGAACGUCUGAAGGAACUUCUACAGUCCAACAUUGAGAUCAGAAAUGAACUACGGAAAGAGAACAUAGACAAUGAAGAAGUAAAUAACGCCUAAUACAAAAGCUUGUAUACAUACUUAAAGUAAACAAUAAUGUACCUGUGAAUUAUAAUUUAUGUUGGAAAGCUGCAUGUUCACUAAAGAAUAAAUAUCAUUUAGGAAUUUUUUUUUAGUUCGAUGUCACUAGAUGUAUUUGCAGUGUCUUCUUUAAUAGGGAUUUUUAAAGGUAGAAUAUUGUUUAAUUUUGAAACUAACGCCCCUAAAUACUUAUCUGUAUUUAUCUUGUUGUGUCACAUUUCCAGUUCAUAGUUGUUAAGACAUGUUUGGUAAAAGUUGCAGGAAUAUGCACUAAGUUGCUAGAUUCAUAUAUUAAAUUAAGUUUGUUCUUUAGUGAAUACGUAAAGUAGGAUAUAAUGUAUUUUAUUGGUGUAUUUACUAUACACUUCUGUUGUGGCAAUGGCAAUAUUUUACAAGCCGUCAACUUAGUUUAAAGUGUGCCACAUAAUUUUAUUGUAAAAUGAUAGUUUGUGAUAUUACUUAAAAAGGAAAAUUCACGAUUUACUAUAAAAUUUAUUUAGUUUCUAAUCAAGUGAACGUCACUAUACUACAAGAACGUUUGAAUAGUUUCAUGUUACAGUAUUAUAAAAAUAAUUUUGGUUACUUUAUAUAUCAUUAUAGAUGUGAGGAAGAUAGCAAAUAAAAUUGUAAAUUGUUAAAUAAAACAACAGAUAUUGUUUUUUUU